GUGUUUGACUGAUCAUACUGGAGCACAGUAUAACUCACAGUUGACUGGAGCUUCUACUUAAUAUAUGACAUUCACAGUAAUGAACGUUCUACUGUGAAUCAACAACGAUUUUAUCGCAUCGGUCGCGUACAGUUACCGCAUCCGGAAGUGCCUAUUAAACGCAAGAGUGUGAGAAUAGUGUAUUCUAAACAAAAUUAUCCGUGGUCUUGUCAUUUUUCUAAUUUCUGUGAUUCUUUCAUUUCUCUUUUAAAAUCCGAGCAUUCUUUGUGACAGAAAAGUUCGAGGUAAACUUCUUUCUGGGAAUGUUGAAGGAUUCGCUUAUCGUUCGAGCAUCCUGCCAAGAGGAGGUAAAGACGAGGAUCCCCCAUAUCAGAGACAAACAAGAAGUGGUUUAUGAAUCUAUCUAGGAGACACAUCCCUGAAACAGUUUCGAAUCUAUUAAAAUUGGGGUUCCGGCUAUUUAAAGCGUGCAAAUACUGAACGUCUCCAUGAAAUUUUUAAUCAGUAUGCAUCACAAGAGAAGAAUGGCGAGAGAUUCAUGACUGCGUCUGACUUUGUACGCAGUUAUCUUGGUCUUUAUACGGAUGCUGAUUAUAAUCCUGAUUCUGUCAAUUUACUGGCUGGUAUUGUCGACACUAGUAAAGAUGGACUCAUAUCAUUUGCCGAAUUUCAAGCAUUUGAAGGACUUCUCUGUGUACCAGAUGCUCUGUAUAAAACAGCUUUUCGACUCUUUGAUACUAAUGGAAAUGGAAUGGUUGCAUUUGAAGAAUUCGUUGAGGUAAUGCGAAAAACUGUACUUCAUCAAAAAAUGCCCUUUAAUAUGGAUAGUAGUUUUAUCAAACUUUAUUUUGGAAAAGAUAAGAAAAGACUGAUUAGCUAUGCAGAGUUUAGUCAGUUUUUGCAUGACUUUCAUGAAGAAUAUGCGACAGAAGCCUUUAAAAAAUUUGAUAAGGAUGGCGCAGGUUUCAUAUCAGCGUUAGACUUUCAAGACAUCAUGCUCAGUAUUAAGAGUCAUUUACUCACUAAAGAUGUGAAGGAUAAUCUAAUUGCUGCAGUUGGUGCCGGCCAAAGCGGACGGAAAGUCAGUUUUCCAUACUUUAUGGCAUUCAAUUCUCUCCUAAACAAUAUGGAACUUAUUAAACGUAUCUACUUAAAUGCGACCAACGGUCAUAGAUACCAGGAAGUUACCAAAGAGGAAUUUCUUUAUUCUGCACAAAUGAUGUCCCAAAUAACACCAUUGGAAGUAGACAUCUUGUUUCAACUUUGCGACUUACUUCAUCAAACUGGACCUAUGGAAGAUGACGAAGCAGAUUUGCCGCUUGGGAAAAUAGUAUACAAUGAUCUUGUGGCCAUUACACCUGAGCAAUAUUUUAAACAGAUUACAAAACGUGUUGCCGAAAUUAAAGCGGUAUCGAGUCCAGAUGAACGUGGUAUUAUUGUACAAAUACUCGAAAGUGGAUAUCGAUUUGUGCUUGGUUCCAUUGGUGGAGCUGUUGGUGCUACAGCUGUAUAUCCUAUCGAUUUAGUAAAGACCAGAAUGCAAAAUCAAAGGACUGGAUCUUUCAUAGGCGAGCUGAUGUAUAGAAAUAGUUUUGAUUGUUGUAAAAAGGUGAUCCGUCACGAAGGUUUUUUCGGUCUUUAUCGAGGCUUAAUGCCUCAAUUAAUGGGAGUAGCCCCAGAAAAAGCUAUUAAACUUACAGUUAAUGAUUUUGUUAGGGAUAAGUUUAUGGAUAAAAAUGGAAAUUUACAACUGUAUGGAGAAAUUAUAUCUGGCGGCUGUGCAGGAGGAUCGCAAGUCAUAUUCACUAAUCCUCUAGAAAUAGUUAAAAUUCGGCUGCAAGUAGCUGGCGAAAUUGCAGGAGGGUCAAAGGUUAGAGCAUGGACCGUUGUCAAAGAAUUAGGUCUUUUUGGAUUGUACAAAGGUGCUAGAGCUUGUUUUUUGCGAGACGUGCCAUUUAGUGCAAUUUACUUCCCCAUGUACGCUCAUACGAAAGCGCGAUUGGCCGACGAAGGGGGUUACAAUACGCCAUUGUCACUUCUUGUUUCUGGCGCGAUUGCCGGUGUACCUGCAGCAGCGUUAGUCACUCCCGCAGAUGUAAUAAAAACGAGAUUGCAGGUUGUAGCUAGAGAAGGUCAAACUACGUACAACGGACUAUUGGAUUGCGCGAAGAAAAUAUACAAAGAAGAAGGUGCUAGGGCAUUCUGGAAAGGCGCAACAGCUCGAGUGUUCAGAUCGUCACCUCAAUUUGGCGUCACCCUUUUCACGUAUGAAUUGUUGCAAAGGCUGUUUGUUGUCGAUUUUGGAGGAUCCCGACCUACUGGUUCAGAACAAAAGGUACCUACCAUGGGAGUUGCAGAUGAAAUUCGAUCCACGAACCCAGAUCAUAUAGGUGGCUACCAAGUAGCUUUACCCAUCUUUACGGGUAUAGAAACCAAGUUCGGUCUUUGUCUACCCAAGUUCCAAGCUGUUAUCGGAAAGUAACAAUAUCGUUAACAGCUGCAAAAAAACAAACUUGUAGCAGUUUCUAUAAAUAUGAGUAUUGGAAAUAUACUGUGUUUACAUCACUGACUGUGAAGCUGAUGUGAUGCAUGUGAUCUUUACAAUCUACAAAUUCUCCGCGUUUCAUCUUUUCAAUAAUUAUCUGGCCAUUUCAUACAUACUACGUGAAAUCGGCAUAAGAUGGAAUGAUCAUCAAUUGAUACUAAUUUGAUGCGUACAACAUGUACUGUAGAUAUGAUGAUGUAGAGUGUCGUUAUAACAUAAUCGAUCGGGAAGAAGUACAAAAUCCAUUAUUGCGAAAUGUCCAAGGACGUGAUAACUGAGUUGAUGCAGUCACGGUUGAUACAGAAACAAAGCCGAUGGCAUUGAAAUUAUUUAUUUUCAUACUAUAUAAAUAUAUUACAUUGAAAAUUAAUGCCAUCUGUAUAUUAUUAAUUUACAAAACGAGAGAGAAUGACAUUUAUCGACAAUUUAUUAUUGUUAACUUGAAAUAUUUUUGCCGAUACGCGUAUAGUAAUCAAAUGUGUGUUCAUUAAAUCAUGAAUGAAUUGACGAAUAUGAUGAGCGUGAGAUUUUAGCGAGGGUUAUAAUUCGCGAUGGUAUGUACAAUGUAUAUUUAUGAUGCUCAGAGUAAUAAUACAUUAGGUCUCUAUAAUUACAUUUAUUAUUUACCCAAAAUACCUAGUUACAGUUCUUAUAACUGGUAAAUAAAAGGUCAAUUGUUUUUAUCUUUUGCUCGUCACAAAACUGCAAAAUUGUUACUGAAUAAUAUUUGUAUAUAUGUAUUUAAAAAAAUAUAAAAAAUAUUUUAUUGUUUGAUAUUAAUAUUGUUUGUUUAGCAUUGUAAUAUAAUGUAAUAAAUUAAUGGCUUGCUAAAUUAAA